GGGAAGGUAUCAAGCCUGAUCAAGCCAUGAUCGACCACUGGGGCAUGCACGGUCUGGCAAGUCUCCCCUCGUCUGGUGGCGGCGGGGGCAAGGAGAAGGCUUCCAGGGACAUCGAAGGUGAUGGAUCUACAGGCAGCAAGAACUCGGGUGGUGCCUCUGGCUCGGGCAAGGAGGGCUUCGACUGGGAUAAUUUUGACUGGGAGAAAUUCAAGAGGUACUACAAAAUUGCUGAAGGUGUUCGCUCCGUUCUGAAGCUUAUAAGCUCCGCAGCUAUGGUAGCUGCUAGUGGGAGUGCGUAUGUUCUUAACAAAGUUGACAAGCGUGUUGAUGAGCGGGUGGAAGCGAAAAUCAAGGUGGAGCCUCCACGCGAAAUCCAUCGCCCAUGUUCGUUGUAGAGGUGCUUGAUUUGGGGCUCGCUAGGGAGGAGCCGGCCCGACGCAGAGCUUCACGAGGUGACGAGGCGGCCUGUACAAGGCGGUGGCUGCCUGUCGCUGGUAGGAACCGCUUGGGUGGCCGCUCAAAUCGAGUCAACGAGGACCAGGUGGCAGCCAUGGCGGUCUAAAUCGCCAUCGCCCUCUGCUCGGCGGACGCUCGAGAGACAUCAGCGAGGAGGACCGGUCAACGAAGGGGGAGAGUGUUAUCUUCUCACAGCCAACUAACACCGUUUGACACGUGUCAAGCAGAGAAGGGGUGCUCACGUAUCCCCCUGA